CAACAGAGUGACUGUGUCUGAGAAAAGUUGAGAAGACUGCUGUGGUGACAGAGGAAGAGAGAGCAAAAGUGAGAGAGAGAUAAGCACACAAGAGAAAGCCAUAAUGUGGGAAGGAUCUACUUAUUUGUAACAAACCUACAGACCUUAAAAGCAUACUGUAACUUUAUAUGGAAGGAGGAGUGGAGUUGGAAGCCGUUUUUGGAGGUCAUGGAAACCACACCUUCCCCUGCACCUGACGAGUGUAAGAAUUUAACAUCUAACUCCUCCAACAUUGGUGAACCACAGAUGGUGAUUCUGGGCACACUCAUGUCCAUUCUUGUUCUGGUCAUCGUCUUCGGCAAUGUGUUAGUGAUUACAGCCAUUGGCCGCUUCCAACGACUUCAGACCGUCACAAACUGCUUCAUUACGUCACUUGCGUGUGCAGACCUGGUCAUGGGAUUGGUGGUGGUGCCUUUUGGCGCCAUUUUCAUCAUCCUUGACACUUGGCACUUUGGCAAAUUCUGGUGUAAUUUCUGGACGGCCACCGAUGUUCUGUGCGUCACAGCCAGUAUCGAGACGCUCUGUGUCAUCGCUCUGGAUCGCUACAUCGCCAUAACAUCCCCCUUCCGCUACCAGUCCUUACUGACCAAGGGCAGAGCUCGCAUCAUUGUGCUGCUGGUGUGGGUCAUCGCCGGGCUCAUUUCCUUCCUACCCAUCCAUAUGGGUUGGUGGAUUUCCGAUAGUAAUGUUGCAAAGUGCUGCUUGAAGAAUGUUACCUGCUGUGACUUCAACACCAAUCGCCCUUAUGCCAUCAUCUCAUCCAUAAUCUCUUUCUACAUCCCCCUGGUCAUCAUGAUUUUCGUCUACAGCCGCGUCUUCCAGGAGGCAAGGAAGCAGCUGAAGAAGAUAGACAAAAGUGAGGGACGAUUUCAUGCUCAGAACAACGGCAAAAAGCAAGAGGCGGCAAGCAUCCACUGUGAGGCAAGGACUGCCAAGAAGCCCAAAUUCUGCUUAAAGGAACAUAAAGCUUUGAAGACUUUGGGCAUCAUUAUGGGUAUAUUCACGCUGUGUUGGCUCCCAUUCUUUGUACUACAUGUGGUCACUGCCAUAUAUGGCCAAGAACUGAACAAUAUUGCAUUCAAAAUCUUAAACUGGAUAGGUUACGCUAACUCAGCCUUUAACCCACUGAUCUACUGUAGAAGUCCAGAGUUUAGGUACACUUUCAAGGAGAUCCUAUGCCUCAACAGGUCGCGCUACCCUAACAUUAGGCCAGUCAAUGGAUAUACAUAUAGUGGGCACAGCUGGCAAAGUGAGCACCGAGGGCGAAGCAAAGGCAGCUCACAAGACAGUGACCCAGCUGAGGGCAACUCUGAGAAAGAGGGAUGCAUGUCAGCAGAUAAAACGGACUCUAAUGGGAACUGCAGUAAAAACAUAAUGAGUGUGUUGUAAAUCACCUUGCGAGUCCAGACUCGUUCCACUGUGACCGCUCAAUGUGUCACAUAAGGACAGGUUAUGCCUCCUCUGGUAAGUGGCCAACGGUGGGUGUGUGUUUGAAAAAGGGACAUUUUUAAAUGUUUGUUUUCCUCAUCUACCUCAUUGCUUUCUCUUCUAGAUUCACUUGCUCUAUCGGUUCAUUUCACCAUGACCUCGCUCAUAAAACUGUUUGCGCCCUCAAAAAGUAGUUUCAGCUAAAGAAAACGGCGAACUAGAAGCUAAAAAUGCUUAUCAAGUCAGUGUUAAAUGAACGGAAAUGCUUGCAGAGAUUGUACUUCUUUGAUAGCAAAAAGACACUUUGAAGUGGUUGUUCACUAAAGGGACAUUCCUUCUGAGUCAUGUUUCUGUAAUCUUGCUUAAACUGAGGAACUGAGUUGCAGUUUUAAAGAAUGGUUUGCUUUCAUUAGAUUAACAGAGUAACAG